CAGCAGGCGCCCUAAGCCCGCGGGGCUGCGCCAGGUGCAGUGAGCCGGCGGCCGGCGCUGCGGGAGGACCAUGCCGAGCAUCCUGGCUUACCAGAGCUCCGAGGUGGACUGGUGCGAGGGCAACUUCCUGCACUCGCCGCUGGUGGCCGAGUUCUACAACACGUUCAGCAAUGUCACCUUCUUAAUUUUCGGGCCCCUCAUGACGUUCCUGAUGCACUCGUACAUCCAGAAGCGCUCGCGCUACAUCUACUGCACCAUGGCGCUCUUCGUGUUCACAGGCCUCUUCUCCAUGUACUUCCACGCGACGCUCAGCUUCCUGGGCCAGCUGCUGGAUGAGGUAGCCAUCCUGUGGAUGCUGGCCAGCAGCUACAGCAUCUGGAUGCCCCGUUGCUACUUCCCCACCUUCGUCAAGGGCAGCAGGUUUCAGUUCACCUGCAUGAUCCUGACCGGCACCGUGAUCGCCACCUGCCUAUCUGUCGUGAGGCCCACUGCCAACGCGUACGCCCUCAACAGCGUCGCCCUGCACAUCGUCUACAUGGUGCGCUUGGAAUACAAGAAGACCAGAAACAUGCAGCUGCGGCAUAUGAUCGAGAUGUCUGUGAUUCUGUGGGCCGGCGCCCUGGCCAGCUGGAUCAGCGACCGCUUGUUUUGCAGCUUCUGGCAGCAGGUUAAUUUCUUCUACCUGCACAGCAUCUGGCACGUGCUCAUCAGCUUCAUGUUCCCGUAUGGCUUCGUCACCAUGGCCUUGGUGGACGCCAGGUACGAGAUGCCGAGCCAGACCCUCAGAGUCCGCUACUGGCCGCGGGACACUUGGCCCGUGGGGCUGCCCUACGUCGAGGUCCAGGCUGAUGACAAGAACUGCUGAGGCCUGCCGGUCCCUUCACAGUCACCUGCUUGUGGGUUCACCUGGGACCGGAGGCGGAGGCCUGCACAAGCGCUAGGCCUGCACGAGGGACUCCCCGGGUCCUUUUGUCUUUCUCCUGCCUCCCGCUGUGUCUUACCCCAUCCUGCCCCCACCGCGGGGCAUGAUGUCCUGCUGUCCCUAGUGGCCGUCUGAUGCCCCUGCUAUGGCUCCCCUCCACGACCCGUCCUGUCCUCUUUCACUUCCUCCACUGUGUCCACACCUUCCCCAUGGCCACUGUCACAUCAGCUGGUGGGGCUGGGGCCCCAGGGACCAGGAGACCUCAGUGAGGUGGCAGCAUGCCUUGGUUCCGCCUUCAGCCAUGACAAUGUCCCCGGUACUUGGGGAGUGGCACAAGCACAUGCAGGGGCCUCGCAGACCCCCAGGCAGGUGCUCCAUACUAGAGGAGGAGUCAUCGCUGGUGGACAUCUGAGGACAGUGGGGGACACCCUGGGCUAUGCGGGCCCCCUGGACCGUGGGGACACCGAGGGGGUGCGGGUGUCCAGUCUACAUCUAAAGCAGGACCAGAAACAGGGGAGGGAGCAGGGAGCAUGAUACGCAUGGGGGUUAAGGCUACAGGGCUUGAAGCCCGACGGAUCUGAGUGUGGGUCCCUGCUUGAUCACUGACCAGCUGUGUAAUCUCAGGGAUGCUGCUUCCGAAGCUUAGCGCCUUGUUUGUAAAUAAUAUUCCCUUCAGGCCAGGGAUAUAGCUCAGUGGCACAAGUGCCUGCCUGGUAAGUGCAAGGUCCUGAGUUUGAUUCUCGGUAACCACACCAAUAAAAUAAAAUAAUAUUCCCUCUCUCAUGAUGUUGCUGUGUGAAUAAAGGAAGUUGAUGUGUGUAGUGUUUUCUA